CCCCCAUCCAUGUAGUGCCCAGCGGUGCAGGAGGAGGUAUGUGUCCAGUCACCGCCAUUGUCUGUCAGGUUUCUACAAUACAGGAUCCACUCAGUGGAUAUCUUCUAUAAAAGAUCCUUCUUCUGAUUGACCCGUCAAGGAUUGAUAAGGACAGUGACAAGAUGACUGAGAGUAUAAUAAAUCUCACCCUAGAGAUCCUCUUCCGGCUUACUGGAGAGGACUACACAGUAGUGAAGAAGACAUCUAGUGAGCACUGUCAGGACCCUGUGCCUGAAGGAUGGGGAAGAACCCUGAGCCCAAUCACAGGGCCUCCACCUCACCCCCUGAUACAUGAGGAAAUCAAUAGAAAGAAGAUCCUAGAACUCACCAACAAGAUGAUUGAGCUGCUGACUGGAGAGGUUUCUAUAAGGUGUCAGGAUGUCACCAUCUAUUUCUCUAUGGAGGAGUGGGAGUAUUUAGAAGGACACAAAGAUCUGUACAAGGACAUCAUGAUGGAGGAUCAAUGGCCUCUCACAUCACAAGUUAAAGAAGAGAGAAGAACACCAGAGAGAUGUCCCAAUCCUCUUCUUCCACAGGAUGGUUCAGGAGAACAUCACAAUGUCCCACAGAAUGAUCAGGUUCAGAAUCCAGGUGAAGAUCUGAACAUGAUAUAUGUUCCAGAGACACAUGUGAAGGGUGAGGAGCAGAGUAUAGAGGAUAUUCCUACAGAUAACCGCCCAGAGCACUAUAUCAGGAGCUCAAAGGGACUUCUGAUACCUAAAGAUUUAAAAGCAAAUGAUCAUGCUCUGGUACAAGAUGCUUAUGAAGUAUAUGUCAUUAUCCCAGAUAAACCUUCAGCCUUGCAAAGCAACAGUCAAUCAUCUGAUCUUUUUCAACAAGUCCUACCUUUUGUUUCAUCACAGACUGUUAAGCAAAACAAAGGACACAGAAGAGGUGAACAUCCCACAACUCCCACAGAGGAGAAGCCAUUUUCAUGCUCAGAAUGUGGGAAAUGUUAUAGGAUGAAAUCAAAUCUUAUGAUACACCAAAGAGCUCACACAGGAGAGAAGCCAUUUUCAUGUUUAGAAUGCGGGAAACAGUUUGCCAAAAAAUCAAUUCUUAUUACACAUAAGAGAAUUCACACAGGGGAGAAACCAUUUUCAUGCUCAGAAUGUGGGAAACGGUUUACCAAGAAAUCAAGUCUUAUUACACAUAAGAGAAUUCACACAGGGGAAAAACCAUUUUCAUGUUUAGAAUGUGAAAAAUGUUUUAUCCAGAAAUCAGAUCUUGUUAAACAUGAGAGAAUUCACACAGGGGAGAAGCCAUUUUCAUGUUCCGAAUGUGGGAAAUGUUUUAGAGAUAAAUCAAGUUUUAUUUCACAUGAGAAAACUCACACAGGGAUGAAGUCAUUUUCAUGUUCAGAAUGCGGGAAAUGGUUUAGCAAAAAAACAAGCGUUAUUGAACAUGAGAGAAUCCACACAGGGGAGAAGCCGUUUUCAUGUUCAGAAUGCGGGAAAUGGUUUAGCAAAAAAACAAACCUUAUUGAACAUGAGAGAAUCCACACAGGGGAGAAACCAUUUUCAUGCUUAGAAUGUGGGAAACAGUUUACCAAGAAAUCAAGUCUUAUUACACAUAAGAGAAUUCACACCGGGGAAAAACCAUUUUCAUGUUUAGAAUGUGAAAAAUGUUUUGUCCAGAAAUCAGAUCUUGUUAAACAUCAGAGAGGUCACACGGGGGAGAAGCCAUUUUCAUGUUCAGAAUGUGGGAAAUGUUUUAGCAAUAAAUCAAGUUUUAAUUCACAUAAGAAAAUUCACACAGGGGAGAAGUCAUUUUCAUGUUCAGAAUGCGGGAAAUGGUUUAGAAACAAAUCAAAACUUAUUAUACAUGAUAGAGUUCACACGGGGGAGAAACCAUAUUCAUGUUCAGAAUGUGGAAAAUGUUAUAUUCAGAAAUCACAUCUUGUUAAACAUCAGAGAGGUCACAAGGGGGAGAAGCCAUUUUCAUGUGCAUAAUAUGGGAAAUGUUUUAGGAAAAAAUAAAAUCUUAUUAUACAUGGGAAGAAAACAUAUUUGUGUUCAGACAUUUUAGCUUUAAACCAGAACUUGCUAUAUGUCAGAGAAUUCACACAGGGGAGAAGCCAUAAUAUUGUAGGAUAUGUUUUAGCCACAGAUAUCAUUGUCUUAAACAUAUAUGAAUUUACACUUGGAAGUAUUUCUAUUACAGCCAAAGUAAAGCAGUUUGGAACAUCAAAUGAUGAUUUAGAAAUGUCUGUAAUUACCAAUAAACAUCUGUUAUCAAAAAAAUACUAAUAUAAUUCAUAAAACACAACUGUAGACUAAUCAUGCGGAAAUAAUAUUUCUCAUAGCUAGAUAAUUAAUGGCCACUUUGUUAUAUAGACGCAUAUCUAGUAAAGUAUUGGAUCUCCUUCACCUUUAGAACCGAAGCAAUUUAUCGUGGCAUAGAUUCCACUAGGUGUUUUUCAGGAAUAUUGGCCCAUGUGGACAGGAUAUUAGAAGGAAGCACUGAUAUAAUCUGAACAUCCCAUUGUAUCCCAUCAGCUCUAUAGGAUUAAGAUCUGUGGACUAUGAAGGCCAGGGAAGCAAGUAAAACACGCUAUCAUAUUUCUGGAAAUAAUCCAUGAUGUUUACUUCCACACA